AAUUAGAAUUGGAGGUUCCACUGUGAUAUGUGAUGAAUUGUGUGGAAUGAUGUUCAAGAAACUGAAAUGUGAGAUUGAUCCAUUAGCGUUAAUAGUUCAUUUUUAAAGCUAACAGAUAGCAAAUGUUUUACUUCAGACUAAGGAGCAAAAAAAUCCUCCUGAAAGAUGAAGCAAAUUAAGCUUUUUGAUCAAUCUUAAGCCCUUGAAGAGCAUGUGUUAAAGUUAUCCUGUGAUGUGUCCAAGCAGAAAGUUGUCGCUUCUUCUUCUCGUACACAAAACUUUUUCAAAGUGCGAUGGAUCCUUUGGGGCCAAACAACUCGGAGCAGGCUGCAACAACUAAGGAGAGGAGCAUCAUCAGCGGAGACAACCUGCAGUUUGGCAAAUUGCGGCGCCAUGCUCGCUCGUCCCAGCCAGAGAAGACGGAAGACGAGCGCUUGAGCUCCUCUGCGGAGAUGGGCCGGAGUCCCGGCCUCCAGGCGGAGAGCGUGGCCAAGCCUCUCUCGUCCUCCCCCAGGAGCCCCAACACCAAACACUGGAACGUCCACCCCAAGCGCCCCCAGCAGGAGGGCGCCAAUGUCCCUACGGUGAAGUCGUCCGGCACGCCUCACCGGCGCUAUAGCAGAGGUCGCCAUCGCACCUCGUCCGAGACGGAGAAGGGCAGCAGAGGCAGCAGGGAGCCCAAGGCCAGGAAGAGGGCCGUCUCUGGGAGCGAGAACGCCAACAUGAGUGGACUGCAGUGUUUGGCCUCAGAGAAAGUCUGGUUUGACAAGCAGCGCUACGACGAGGCCGAGAAGAACUUCUACGAAGGCGUGAAUGGACCCGCUACCAAGUUACAGGUGAAAAGUGUCGGGCAGCAGGCCAAAGGGCGCCCACAAAAACGCCAGCACAGAAACUCGUCUUCACAUGCAGCUGGAGACCAGGAGCUGAUUGUACGCAUGAAGAGCCUGGAGCUGGAGAACCAGACUUUGCACAAAGUGGUGGGCGACAUGAGUGCUGCCCUGCAGAAACUGGAGUCCAGAGUGGUCCAGUUGGAGAAGACCAACACACCUGCAGCCAAGGUAGAAGCAGGCGAGGCGAGCGUCCACGUCGAUACACCUGCUACCACUUAUUACCGAUUUCUCCUCAAGGUGGCGCCGGUCCAAGCGGCUCCUGCCAAAAAGGUGGCGGUGCAAGAGGACGAUGAUGAUGACGACGACAUCGACUUAUUCGGCAGUGACGAGGAAGAUGAAGAGGCGGCUCGUCUGAAGCAGGAACGCGUGGAGGCGUACGCUGCCAAGAAAGCCAAGAAGCCCGCCUUGAUCGCCAAGUCGUCCAUCUUGUUGGAUGUCAAGCCUUGGGACGACGAGACGGACAUGUCCAAGCUGGAGGAGUGUGUGCGCUCGGUGCAGGUGGACGGGCUCCUGUGGGGGGCGUCCAAGCUGGUGGCGGUAGGUUACGGCAUCAAGAAGCUGCAGAUCAACUGCGUGGUGGAGGACGACAAAGUGGGGACGGACAUCUUGGAGGAGGAGAUUACCAAGUUUGAGGACUUGGUCCAAAGUGUGGAUGUUGCUGCCUUCAAUAAGAUCUGAACAAAGUUCUGCUUGGAACAUGAAAUGAUAUCAUUAAAUAUGCAAAUAUUUGACAA